GUGGCAGAGGCUGGCUGGGGCCGCUCCGCCCUAACCUCCCGCCGCUGCCUCUCUGUAGUCGGCCCCAAUCGCCUCCCCCCUGCCCCCCGCGGCGGGGAGGGCCACCCCAGCCGAGCCCUCCUCCCUCCGCCCGCCCUCCUCCCGCCGCUGCACACCCCGAGGAAGGGCUUGUUUUCCUGCCCGGAUGAUGAAUUUCUCCGCAAGGUCAUCCCUGCCCACGGCGGCAGCGGCGUGCCCGCGGCUCCCUGGGCGCCGCCGGGGAGAUUAACUUCACAGAAAACCCGUCGCUGACAGCCUGCCCUGUUGUACCACCGCUGGGCGAGAAAACUCUGAGGAGAAGCUGAGGGCAAACCACGUCUCAGAGGCAGUCCAUGGGGACUGUACCAGAUCCUCUGAGAUCUGCCAAGCUUUCCCUGGUCACAGCUUCUGCAGAGGAGGACCACCUGGGAGACCUGCAGCCUGCUAAGCGCCAGCCCCAACAACCCAGUGGAGAGAGGGCCAGCAAUGGCUUCCCGUGCACGCCGUCCGACUCUGCUGGAGUUUGCUUCUUCGACCUGAAACGCGCGGCGGCUGCCAGCGCGCAGAGGUGUGAGCAAUGCCACGAGGACGAUGCUAGCCAGCAGGAAGCCUUAGCCCCAGGGCUCGCCAGCAAAGCUGCGGAGGGACGUCCUGCGGCCGUAGGUCCUGCUGGGUGCUCCCAGCCAGCGGGCAGCUGGGGAUCAGCAGCGCCAGCCCCCGCUGCGGCAGAAGCCCCCGCUGCGGCAGAAGCCCCCUCGGCGGGGCAGGGGCCAGAGAUGAUGCCGGCCCCCCAGAGCUCCCGGCAGUUUGUGCAAGGCAGCCAGGCAAAAACAAGCUGCCUGACGCAAAUAGAUGAUUCUGCCUUGAAACCUCAGGGGACUGACGAUCAGCCAGCACUUGAAGUGUUAAAUUAUUCUUCCCCGGGCGAUCCUAUUAGGGGUAAUGAAUCUUGUCGUACUUCUCAGGCAAACCUUCUGCAAAGAGGGGAAAAAGACAGAGGAGCAGAAAACCGUGGUUCUGCUGCGUGUCAGUCAGCCUCGCCAGCGAGGCACACCGAAGCUGACCUGGGGGGAGACCCGCAGACCAGUUUGGAGGCAAAAAGCAGCGCUGCGGACACCGCGCAGUUGCAUCCCACAGAUAAAACUGAAGCGGUGCAGAGCAGCAAGACACCAGCCCCAUCUAGCCACGAGAGUCUGCGUCCCGUACGCAACGCGGACGCCGAGCCGGGGAGUCCAGGCCCCACCCAGCUCUCCAAGUUCAGAGAAACGGGUACAAUGACGGUCCAGCCGGAGAGCAGCUCUUUAACUCAGGAAGCAGUGAGCAGGACGUGGCGAGAUGCUGAGGUUCAGGCCGUGGCUACUGUGGAGAGCAAAUCGGCCUCCACCAGUCCCAGCAUCCUUGCUGCCUUCUUAAAAGGGAAUCCUCCUCCAGAAGAGCAGGAAGAACUGCACGUAAUUUACCAAGGAGGUAUGGGAGUGAGCCAGUUUGCACUUACUGACAGUUCAUCCUCACAACAAAAGUCCCCAUGUUCCGGGAUCACGUCAAAAUCGACUGUUGUUAUGGCUGCAACUGCUUCAGCCCAAACCCAGCAUGUCAAACUGCCUGUGCUCCCAUCUGACGUGGUGUCUCCAGCGUCAGCAGAUCAUGCAAAACCUGUUCUCCCCUUCUCCCCUGCAGCCGUUACCUCCCAAGGGACAUCUGUGGGUAAUGCCGAAACGAUCGGUGCAGCCCGUGAUGGCAAGGAUGCCGUUCGGCCGCCGAUGGAUGCUCCAGUCCCACCAAAGCCCACCCCCGUUGAGCAGCUUGCAGCUGAUGCCAGUAAUCAAACUCCAGCGCAGUCUGGGUCUGGCGCUGGUGAACCAAGCACCACUUCUGCUGCCGCCGUCCCAGGAACCGAGAACAACGUGCGAGAUGUUGUCCGUGAUGCAGGAAGCAGCCAGUUACCUUUACUCUGUAGCACGGACAGUGAAGCCAAGGAGAAGGAGGUCCUGGGCAGCUCUGAGCAAAAGCCUGUGCAAAGUAAGGGUGCGAGUGAAGGGGAGGCCGUUCCUAAUCAAUCUGUGGUAAAACCAAAGGAAGAAGACUCGGCGGUGCUCGAUCCUAAAGGAGGGAUGAAUGUUAGCAGCCAACCUGCCGCUGUCCGCGUAAAGGCGUGCUUGGAGGAUGCGGGUGAAAAGGAGGAGAGCGGAGGCCAGGGAGACACUGACCAGGCUCGGACGGACGGCGGCCAGAGCCCGCAGGCAGGACUGACACCCGAGUUGAGUGCAAGUUCUGCGCGUCUCGCCCCUCCCUCAGAGCCAUCAGCAGCUCCCCAGCAGCAAGGCCUCCAGGCCAAGGAGUCCAGUCGCCAGCUUCACACAGCAGCUCUUCCUGCUUCACCUCAGGCUUUGCCAAACCUGGGGGAAAACAAAAAGCAGCCCACCCCGGCCAUGGAGGCGAAAGUGCAGGUGAAGCAGUCCAAACACGUCAGGGAUGUUGUUUGGGACGAGCAGGGCAUGACGUGGGAGGUUUACGGUGCUUCCCUCGAUGCAGAAUCCCUGGGAAUUGCCAUCCAGAACCACUUACAGAGACAAAUACGGGAACACAAGAAACUGAUCCGGGCCCAGAACAGUCAGACCCGGAAAUCCAUUUCCUCAGAUACGUCCUCAAAUAAAAAACUGAAAGGGAGGCAGCACAACGUGUUCCAGUCCAUGCUGCAGAAUUUUAGGCGUCCUAAUUGCUGCGUCCGACCCGCUCCCUCCUCUGUGUUGGACUGACGUGCUUCGCAGGGGUGCGUAGGUGUCUGCGGUGGUAGAGAGAAUCCCUCCCCUCAAGUCUUGAGUCCUGAUGUUCAGUUGUGUUUUUGGGGUUGUGAUGCAGCAACAGUGGAAAAUUAUUCCCCUUUGUUUUCUGAGUAGCCACGUGCUCCAUCACGCCGUUAUUAUUGCCACAGCUGGUGUAUUUCCACGUUAUGCCCCCAUCCUGACUACCGUCGGGUGAAAAGCUAGGCACUUAGCAAAAGCACAAAUUUAAAUUGCCACCUUGCUGCAGGGAGAGCAGCACCUUCUGAUAAAGCAAGAAGCAGGGAGAUUGUCAGAGUUGUUAUGGGAAGUUAUUUGUGUGCAUCAUGAGGUCUUAUACAAAGGGGUGGGCUGGAGGAAGCUGGGCGAGGUGAAACGAAGGUUCAACAGCUGUAAAGACCUGACGCAAGAUGACUUUCCUGGUGUGUAAGUUACACACACUGAGGCAAGUCUGUGAAAAGUCUACAGACAUUGAUCGCUGAGCUGUGUCACUUCUGGUGAUGCUGGGGGCACCGUUCUCGUGUGAGAGCCAGGUCUUCCCCUCCCACUGAAACGGAGAAGCAGGCACAGAGUGAGGAUCAAGGCUGAAGGAUUGUCUCUUUGGGAGACGUUAAGUCAAUGGGAUUUUGAUGGCUAGAAGGGGAGGUGAGAAAGGGAUAUAUUCUGCGGGCUUUUCCUCCCCUGCAUCAGCCGCGCUUAAGGAAUAAGCAGGCGACGCAGGCGAGGCACGAGAGAGCGUGUCAGCGAUGUGCCCGCAUCCGACGGGACGCUGCCCUCCCUCGCGCUGCGGCGCUCCAGCCGAGUCUGUCGGAAGCAGCGAGCCCUGCCGGCUCCUGAGCCGGGGUGGGCAGCCCCAGCUCCCAGCCUCCCGCGGCACUGAGCACCUCUCCUCUAAACCACUCUUCAAAGUGAUGUGGAUCUUUUCUCUCUCUCCAGAGAUGCACAGCAACGCUUUCCCGUAGGUGCAGGCUAUCCUGUGCGUCUGGGUCCAUGAGCCUACGUGUCUAGUGUGUUACACUGAUUUUUAUUUUUUUUUCCUUUUAAGUCCUUAGCCAACUCUACUUUUUUUUUGCAGUAUUCUGGUGCUUUUCUUGCUACCUUUCAUAGACCGAGUACCAUUUAUUUAGCCUGUGCGUAUUUUGUUUUACCUAAUGCUCUCUAUAUUAUAAACCAUUAUAUUGUUAACUUGAAACAUUUACUUUACACAAGUACUGAAAUCUUGAGACAAUCUUUGCUGUAUUUCUAAUGUUAGAAAAGUUGUAGAAACUGCUAAUAAAAGGUAGCUUAGUGACUCUUUCUCCAGAAGUGUGAUAUACAAUAAUGUCUCAAAUGUAUGUUGGUCACAUUUCUCACCUUAAUAAUAUUUUUCAACCUGGGAAAUCUGUUUCCCACUAGCUUUUUAUUCUGUCCACUAGAGUUCAUGAUGGGAGGCUGGGGAACUCCUGCAGUUUGUAGAAAAUUUAGUUUUCAAUCCUGCAAAGCACUGAGGAUUUGGAUAUUGUAAUCCCACAGAGUACCAGAGUUAAAAAGGGGUUAUUUUUAUUCCAUUAAAGAUUUUUCACGAAUCACAAUGACAAUUUAUUUCUGUCUGUAGUACCACGCAACUGACUUACUCUGUAGAUCUUACUCAUACAACUUACUCUGUAAAUUGUGUAAGUUUACACAGUGUAAAUGAGUAUUAAUAUCUUUUUUUUUCUUUUUUUCUGUGAAGCAAAACUAAGGUGGUCCCCUUUUAUUUAGGAGGCCAGGCUUUUUCUCAACUGCCAAGCCUUCAAAGCAGCUGGUUUGGGGCAGUUUUUCCCCAGCAGAAAGGUAAAAUACUGUAAGAUACAAUAUUGUAACCCAGUUCAAUGAAAGGUGUUGCCCCUAGGCAUAGUACUGAAUUGACUCCUCGUUUUCCUCUGGUAUAUAUUUGGGGGCUUUAUGGCACGUCCUUGUUCCAUUUCUGUACAUUAUUUCCAGUCCUCUCCCGCUUGAUGCUGAAUUGCUAAUUCUGAAAUACCGCGUUAGAGAGUGUCUUCCCACCUCUGCCUCCCACGAGGAAAGUCUCCUACCUUUUUACGGUUAGAACUACUGUUUCCAUCCCCUUGCUAGCAGUGUCUGAGAUGUGAGUUCAGUGUGAAAUUGUGUGUGGGAUUAAUAUUGGCAGUAUCAUUAGGUCAGGUUAGUUGACAAGUUUGGUGUCUCUUCCCACGUCGUGUCCAUGUCAGCCCCGAAGAGGUUCCCCAAGUUGUCUGCAGUGUUUGCUGUGUCCUGUCCAGGUCCAAGGCUUUGUGCUGCUCCUCUCGCCUCCCUUCUACCCCAUCCCUCGCUAGCUGCUGCCCAGCCUGUCUUCCUGCGAAACAGGGUCCCUUGGCUCAACUCGCGUCCCUCUCUCCACCAUCCCCCUUGCUGUAGCGUUGUGAGCCAGCUUACUCUGAACUGUCCCUUUACAAAUAUGCUCAGUCUGAAUAUAUAAAUGGAUUGUCGUAUUUUAUUUCCAGAGGAGAAUAAAUGGCUAUCGCGCGUUCACCGAUUUCCAUGAACUUUAUCCUUUAGCUUAAGCUCUCCAAAAUAUUUCUAGCGUAUGGGUAUGAGUUGCUUUAUUGGGACCAAACUGGGCUUGGCAAUGAAUGAGCAGGGUGCUGGGCCAGUGCUGGAAUUAACUCUUCUUCGUGAGGAAUGGGAGAUCUCUUCUGGUUCCCUGCAGCUGCUUCCAGCUGUGAGUCUUCACCAGCCGGUCUACCCACACCUCCCUCCCCACCCCAAGCGACCUCUCUUCCAGGAAAAUUUCAUCAAUACAUGCGUACCACAAAACGCCGAUGGGCAAGUUACUAAGAGGUUGCAUCUGAACAACUGCAUGGGCGUAACUAGGAAAAAAUGUAGUGGUCAGCAGAGCACUGCGCUUUUGUAUUCUGGGAAAAUAUGAGUGCAAAGAUGAACUGCAAAAUGUUGGUAAUGCUGCCUGGUGGGCACAGCAGUCCUGCAGGCAUGCGUUUGAAGCCAAGCAAUAACGUGCCAAAAACCAAUACACAAAAAAGACGAGUCAAUAAUCACCAGCGCAUCUCAUGGAAAAUAUUUUAGAUUUUCACUUUGCCUUGCUAGGGCAGACUGUAGGCAAUCUGCUAGUUUAAUACUGGUAAUUUAUGCUUUCUUCUGCGUACAAUGCCUAGAUGAUGGUGUGAAUCCUUGUAGGGAUGAUGCAUCUUUCACCAGCAGUAAAACAGAACCAUGCUUUGAGUAGCAAUUAGCAAAUAUUAUGCAUGUGAGUCGUCUCAUAGCAGCCGAGAAAGACUGUUCUUGGUGUCACAUCAGCAUGGAAAAUAAAAGUGUGCUUGGAGUAGCGGUAUGGCAGAGGGUAGAGGGAGAUGAUCCGUGUGCUACCACCCCGCUCUUUUUCUCUGCCCAGUGACUCAGAAUCACAUUGCAUUGGUUGGAUGGUUAACAAGCAAGGAAAUCCAUUUGGGCUAAUAGAAAGAGGGUUCAAACCAGAAAGUACUUUGUCAUUCCCAAGAGUAAGUCUGUAUGGAAAAUAAAAGACCUGUGUUGUAGCCUGGCCAGCUGAAGUAACUCUGAAAUUCAGUUUGUUGCAAGAUGAUGAAUUUUGGGAAACAAGCCAAUUGUCAGCAAACUCUUCCCUGUUGGUUGCAUCUUCUGGGAAGGUUGACAUGGCCAGAACCAUUAAUAAAAGCAGCGAAUGAAAAUGGAAGAGUUACUUGUAGUUUCACUUCAGGAGAUUUCCACUAGGAAUGAUGAGAAUAAGCAUGUUUCAAAAUUGCCAAUACAAAACCCGAGUUGAAGGAGAACCUCACUGCAGGCAAUUUGCAAUGUAGUCCUGGAUUUUGUGUGAGGCUGUGACAUCCACCACUUGGUUGGUGUCUGCCGGCUUUGCGUUGCCUAGGGUACGAGUGCUGGAGUCUGGCCUCAUUUCUGCUGACUUGGUUUGGAAAAAAGAGUGGAAAGAGAGCUGGAGGGACAAGGAGGGGAGUAUCUGUCUUCUCUUCAGAGGAAGAAAACUUUUUUUUGAAUAUACAAGAAGGGAUUGAUGAGAAACAUGGGGAAGGAGGGACCAAAAGAGAAGUAAAAGUUGAUGUAGGUGCUUCACAAGGAAUUCGCAUUCCUAUGUCUGUAAAGCCAAUGUUUUGCUUAACUUUUGCCCAUUUGUUCAUUCUGAGCUCACACGUUUUUCAUAUUGUUGGUGUCCCAUGGCUUUUAGGAAAAUGAACAUUUCCAAAGGCUGUAUAUUUUGCUAGUAUGUAUAGAUAUAUCCAAAUACGAUUCAACAAAAUCGCUAGGCAAACAACCUCAGUUUACUACUGCUACUACCACAUAAGAGCUUGUAAAAUGCACCAUUUGGAGAAGUAUAUUCGAGGGAUUCAGAAGAGGUGAAUAUAUGCUCUAAAGAUAGCACUAGCUUUUAUCUUGAAUUUCAUGACUAUGUUGAAGUGUUAAAGUUAGAAAUGGAAAUCCAAUGAAAAUCAGCGUUGAUGGAAAAUUCAAGUUGGCUGCCACUGGUUUUCAGUUUGAAAACUUGAUGGAAUCUACCAUACCAGUGUUGCAUUACUUAGCUCGGUAUAUGCAAGGUUUGUAUGAAAGUAUAAAUUUUAUUAGCUUAUUAGCUCCAUUGUCUUGUUCUGUGUCUAUCCUUCUGCACCUUUGGAAAAUGAACGCAGUAGGUUACCAAGACAGAGUAAGUCUUUCACACUCAGCUUAUGGAAAUAGCUGCUCUGAAUGAUAGACAACUAAUCAUCAGGGUCCAUGGUCUUCAAAAGUUAAGGGCUACGGUCUGAAGGAAACUCUCCCCUCCUUCUCCCCCCCCCCGCCUUUUUUUUUUGGUAAUGUCUCAACCUCUGCUGGUUUAAUUUUUUUGGUGACUCUGUGAUGCAUAUAAGAGUGGGAUGAGUAUUUUCACUCAUCCCAAAGGUAUGCACAUAGAUUCUUAUCUAAAUGCUGGACACUACCAAGUAUCUCUGGAGUCACUGGAAGCUGCGGUGGUCCGUGGGCCUGCAGGUCAGUUCCUGUACGUUGAAAUGGCUGCAAUGUUCUCUUAGGGGCCUAAAUUAUCCCACUUGAGUCAGUGUAGAUGUUUGAAAGAAAGAAUGAAGUGUUAGAGCUGAAUUUAGCCAAACUGAAAUGAGUAUCAUCCAUUUUUUUGAAACUGAGAUUUAUUAUCUGCUCUGUGCUUUUCUGAGCAGCUGUUCCGUCCCAGAGUUUAUAAUGUGGAUUUUGCAUCAAAUCCUGGCAAGGAAGAUUUUGCAAUGUGAAAUGUAUCUUUAAUCAUUCAGGCUUCUUUAAAGAAGAAAAUGAUGUUAUUACUGAGCCCAGUCACACAGAGAGGACAUUUUUUUUUGCUGUAGCAGAGAGUUUGCUGUAGGUAAGCUUAUGUGUGCGUGUGUCCAUGUUUAAAAGGGUUGCACAUGCAUGCAGGUCUCAUGCAUUACUCUGAUUACUCUGAUUUUUUCUUUUUGCCUUUCUGAUUGAAUGCUGGCGGUUUAGCAUUUUCCACAACUUUGGGGCAAGUUUAGAUUGCUCUGCAAUACAGAAACAAGGAUUUUCCCCUUAUCUGGUCUCUAAAAAAAUUCCCACAGCUAAAAAAACCCACAAACAUUUGGCCAACCUCCGUGUCUAGACUGUCAACAUAAAGUGCAGUGGAUGGGGUGUAGACAGAUACACACUCGCUCAUGAGCUUUGUGGAAAUCCACUCUCGUAUAUACAAACUGGUUUCUGCAUAAAGACUAUGGGUGAUAGUAAGCAUCUGAGCUCAUUAGGAAGAGAAUCACAUCAACCAAGUCCCAUUUGAAAUACUAGACCUCACGUUUUCAUUAGCUUUCUGCUUAGACUGACACUCUCCGGAGUAGAAAUAAAUGACAGUUCUGCCGGCAAAGUCUCUGGCAAUUGUCUGCUGGAAUAUGAGUCUCUCAGAUGCUUCUCAGCAGCUCUGCUACAACAGGCAACCCUGCUGCUGGAGGGUCCUCCUGACAGCACUUCCCUUAGUCCGGUUCGAAAUCAAUAGUUUCAAGUACAUCAAACGCAAGUUUAGACACUGCCCUGAGGAAUUUCAGUAAAACGGAAGAGAAGGAUCCACGUGUCCGUGGUACAUAGAAUCACAUCUGAAGCCUGAGGUUGCGGUCUCAGUAGCACGCUGAAAAGCAUUGGGAGUUUCUGCCCAGAGUUAAAGGGAGAGCGGGUGAACUUUGAAUUCCUGGCUGUCGCAAGCAACAUAAAAACGAUGGGCGCGAAUCAGUCAGCAGCAGAAGAAAACCAACUUGAGGGCUUGUAACAACAACUAAUAUUAUCGUGGCUUUAUUAUUCUUAUAUUUACACUGACUGAGUGUGCUGUACUGUAUGAAGUAAAGCUAGUAUUAGGCUUCCAGGUGUACUGUGGCAUUCAUUUGAGACAUACCAACAGAAGUUUGCAUGUGAAGAAGUCUUACAGUGAUACUAAAGCGAUGUUACCCAGCUGAUCGAGUCCCUUAGGAAUUUAAUGUUUUGCUGUUUUACAUCUCCUGGUUUCCAUGCUGAGUACAAUAAAAUGAAC